AUGACAGAAAGUCGUUCGGCCAGCAAAAGCCAUAACUACUAUAAUCUACUUCCAAUACCAAGAAAAGUAGAAGAUUUAUUUGAAAACAAUAUCACUGUUGAUAUGACAAAUUAUAAACAAUUAUAUACAAUUAUUGAAAAUUGGUUAAAAUCAAAUCCUGGAAGUAUGGAUGAAAAAACAUGUCAAUUAAGCUUUUAUAUGAAUUGCAUGAAAGUAUAUAAUAAAUCUAUCGGUGAUAAAUUAAAACAUUGUGAUAAUUUUCAAGGUACUAUAUUCAAAAAUUUAUUUCAGCGUUUAAUUCCAGAUUUUUGUUUGGUUGAUUAUUAUAAUUCUAAGCUUAAAUCAGAAGAAAGUGGUCUCGAUUUGGAAUUUUUACCAUUACAUAUAGUUUCCAUCGUUGAAAUAAAGAAAAAAAUGAAAGAUGAAGAUAUUGAUCAACUUUUACAUUAUCUACAAGUUGUUUUGGAUUAUUCUCCAUCAUGUCGUAGGUUUAUCAUAGGUAUAAUGACUGAUUUUCGUGAUAUUAGGUUUGGAAAAGUAUCAAGAUCAAAUAAUGAUUAUGAUUUUAUAUAUGAAGCAUCAAAAUGUGCCUUCAAAAAUGAAGAAGAAUAUUUACUAGAUUGUUUAACAAAAUUUUUUACAAUUGAUCCAUCACAAUUUGGUUUUAAAAGAUUAGAACAAUUACCUAAAAAUAUUCUUAUUCAUAAUAAACUCUUAGGAAUUGGUGCUAAUUCAAUAGUAUUUAAUUGUUUAAUUAAUCAAGAUAAUAGAAAUGAAUAUACUUUAAAAAUAAGUAACAAACCUGUUGAUAAAGAAAUAUUUAUUUAUAAAAAAUUAUAUGGUAAUAAAUAUAAUAUUAUUAAAGUUUGUGAAUAUGUUUUCUUAUUUCGUCAUCCACCUGGUGAAUUUAUAUCAAAAGAUAUUUUAUUAAAUAAUAUUCAUAUCAUAUGGGAACAAAUUAAACACGCACACAGAAAUAAUAUUAUACAUCGUGAUAUUAGAAAAUCCAAUAUUAUUCAAUUAUGGAAUCAUCAACAUACAAGUUCGGAAAUUCUAUUGAUCGAUUGGGAAAGUUCAGCAGAAAUUGGUUUUUCUGGAGAAUACAACGGAACAUUAUCAACAGCAUCAAAAUUUAUCAUCAAUGAAUUAACAUACAAGAGACAUGGUAAUAUUAAAUGUUUGCCCAUUGAUGAUUGUAUCUCGUUAAUGAAAAUGAUUCUUUUGGAAAUAAUUCCAGAAGAAAAAUACAAAAAUGAAAUUUCAUUAGAAGUAAAGAAUGGUUCAUAUGCCGGUAUUAACUUCAUGUACGAUCAAAUAAACGAUAAUUAUGCAAUGAAACAACCGAUUAUAUUAAAAGUAAUAAGGUUUUUGGAAACAGAAGCACAUCGUUCAACUUUAAAAGAUGAUAUAUUACAUUUUUAUAUUGAUCAAUGUGUAAAAAAAAGUUAUUGUUUAUGUCAAUGGGAAAAUCAACAAUUAGACAUCGAUUAUUUUGAUCAAUUAGAAAAAGAUUUAUUUUCAUCUUAA